AACACCAGUAACGCCGCGGAUGAAGUCACGGAAGUAAGCCAGGCUGGAGUAGAUACCAGGGUAUCCAGCGCCGGCACAGCUGUUACCUGAGAAGAUGAUGCUAAUAAAGAUACUAUCAGAGAUAAAAGAGCCACUAGUCACUCUAUCAGCUAUCUUUACUACCCUUCUCUACACUAGUAUAGAGCAUACUAGCAGUAAUCAUAUAAAAGCCCUAGUAGUUCUAGGCAUACUUCUUCUUAUUAAUAACAGGGACCCCGAUAAACUACAGGAUAGGAGAGACCUUGCUGCCCUCCUUAAGCGCACCCCAGCUAGUAAUAUUACUAACAGUACUGGUAGAGGGGAGGGAGCUGUUGCCCGCAGGGAGCUUAACAGCAGUAAUACCAUCACUAUACUCAAGCUGCUUAGAGAGAGUAAGGAUAGUAAUAUUAUUAUUAAGGUUCUGCGCGUUGUAGUCAGGGUAUACAGUGAUAGAGGGGGUGCUGAUAGUAGCACUACCAGAGUUAGAGAAGAAGAAGCUGGUAUAGAUACUCAGGUUACUAGUAGUCUAGCCCUUAGUAUAGUAGCUAGUAGUUAUAAUAUACUUGUUAUUAAUAAUACUACUACUAUAGAUAAGGGAGCUACCCUAGAGCAGGUUAAUCCAGUAGAGAUACUCCUCUAUACUAGUCUCGGUGCUGCUGAUAAUAUUCUCCUUGGCGAGGACGCUGGAGAGGACGGAGAGGAAGGCGACGGUGGUCUUUAUGGUGGUG